GCACCUUAUCACUACAACCACGUCUCCUCAACCUACCUCAUUUUAAUCAACCAAAAUAACUUCAAGUUCCUAGACACAGUCCUAGCAGACUAGCGUAAUUCAAAAAUCACAUGACCAGAAUCCACCAUCAAUCAAUCAAUCUUGAUUAGAUUGGAAUUGUGAUCCACUCACAGACCCUUCAAAUCAAUACCCGACCUCACAUCCGAAAUGACCGAAUCCGACACCCCCCUGAUCUUCGUGACAGGGAACAAAAACAAAGUCCUAGAAGUCAAAGCCAUUCUGGGUCCCACGGCCACGCUCGAAGUCCUGGAUAUCAAUCUCCCCGAGAUCCAGGGUAGUGUGGAAGAAAUUACGCGAGAGAAAUGUCGUGUGGCAGCUGAAACUAUAGGAGGGCCGGUGUUGGUUGAGGAUUCGGCGCUUGAGAUGCGCGCAUUGGGUGGCUUGCCUGGGGCUUAUGUCAAAGCAUUCGUGGAAACAAUAGGCAACGAAGGCCUUAACAAGAUCCUCUCAGCCUUCGACGAUAAAACCGCCGAAGCAGUAUGUACGUUCGGGUAUUCCCCGGGACCAGGACAUGAGCCUCUUCUAUUCCAGGGUCGGCUGCAGGGACAAAUCGUUUCGGCCAGAGGCGUUUCAUCUUUUGGCUGGGAGCCGAUUUUUGAGGUCGAGGGGGAGGGAGUAACGUUGGCGGAGAUGGAGGUUGGCAAGAAGAAUGGACUUUCGCAUCGGUUUAAGGCGUUGGUGAAGUUUAGGGAGUGGUUUUUGGGUACUAGAGGGCCUGCUUAGGGGCAUUAGGGUGUUAUAUAGAUCAUUGGACUUUAA